AUGAACGUCUUCUCAAGUGCUUCCACCCUUACCGUAAGCGGUAAAUUGAAGCGUUACCACCUCCACUACCACCGUCGUCACCACCACCAGUACCACCACCGUCACCGUCUUCCUCCACUACCACCAUCAACGUCACCAUCACCGCCACCACUAGCACCGCCACCGCCACCAUCACCACCUCCACUAUCGUCACCGUCACCACCUCUACUACCACCAUCAACGUCACCAUCAUCAUCACCACCACCACCGUCAUCACCAGCACCACCACUACCACCACUACCACCACCACCACCACCGUCACCGUCAUCACCUCUACUACCACCACCGCCACUACCAGCACCAUCACCGUCACCACCAGCACCACCACCGCCACCAUCACCACCUCCACUACCACCACCACCGUCACCACCACCACCACCACCACCGUCACCGUCAUCACCUCUACUACCACCACCGCCACUACCAGCACCAUCACCGUCACCACCAGCACCACCACCGCCACCAUCACCACCUCCACUACCACCACCACCGUCACCACCACCACCACCACCACCGUCACCGUCAUCACCUCUACUACCACCACCAACGUCACCACCACCGCCACUACCAGCACCACCGCCGCCACCGUCACCACCUCCACUACCACCACCAACGUCACCAAGAUGGUUUUUUGUUUGA